CAAAGGUUGACGAGACAGACGUAGCAGAUGCUAAACAUUUCACAGUAGGAUGUCGGAGGGCUUCCUAAUGGAAGUGUGUGUGGACUCGGUAGAGUCUGCCAUAAAUGCUGAGAGGGGAGGUGCAAGCCGCAUUGAGCUGUGCUCUAGCCUGCUAGAGGGAGGAAUCACGCCUAGCAUUGGGCUGUUGCAGGUUGUGAAGGAGAAUGUGCGGAUUCCAGUUUACGUCAUGAUCCGGCCCCGCGGAGGGGACUUCCUGUACUCCGACCGUGAGGUGGAGGUGAUGAAGAGGGACAUUGAGCUGAUGAAGGCUCACCGGGCUGAUGGACUGGUGCUUGGGGCUCUCACAGAGGAUGGACGUGUGGAUGCUGAGCUCUGCAUGGAGCUGUUGGCUGCCUGUCGACCCUUACCUGUCACAUUUCACAGAGCCUUUGAUAUGGUUCAUGAUCCGACUAUAGCCUUAGAGACUCUGAUCUCUGUGGGCUUUGAGAGGGUGUUGACCAGUGGCUGUGAUGGCUCCGCCCUGGAGGGUCUGCCCCUUAUCAAACGACUAGUGGAGCAGGCAAAAGGAAGAAUAGUCAUUAUGCCGGGAGGUGGCAUCACUGAACGCAAUCUACAGAGGAUUCUAGAAGGUUCCGGAGCCCAGGAGUUCCACUGCUCUGCACGAACCAGUAGAGAUUCUACUAUGAAGUUUAGAAACUACUGUGUGAAUAUGGGGGCAUCUCUCUCAGCACCUGAAUAUUCUCUGAAAGUGGCUGACGUGACCAAAGUACGCACUCUGAACGCCAUCGCUAAGAAUACACUGUAGGACGUGUACCUGGGGCAGGUCCUUAUCACAUGUGUAGGGAGCAGGUUCUCCCUUUAUCGCACAGUCCAAAACUGUCAUGGUGCUCCUCUUUUCAGACAGCACAAUGAUGAUUGUAGAGUGCUUGCACUCCUUAAGCAAUGUCUGUGAAGCCCUUUUGGCACAGUCUCAAGAUUAACGUUUAUUUGAUUCAGUUUACUGAUUGUAAUGGCUACAAAUCAGAACAUGACGAAUAAAAUCAUUGCCAUAUCA